UAUAAUCUAACCUCAUUAUUUAUUUUAGGUUUAAAAUAAAAUUUUUAAAUGCCCUGACGUACCUACACAAAUAAAUUUGGUUUUAUUGUUCUGUCUUUGGAUUUUCCGGUUAUCUACGUAGGAUUUUCUGUAUGGUUUUUUCCACGAUAGAUUAAAAACACAUUUAUAAUUCCUCGAAGGGUCACAGAUCCAUUUAUCAGUCUUGUGAAGAGUAUUAAGUGCAACACACAGAAUGCUUCCUUUAUGUAGAACUUUCAGAAGAGGUAUUGCGACUGUAGACAUACAGAAUUUUAUAAAGAACAGUGCUGAUAGAUAUGAUAGGAUACUAUCAAAGGUAAAUAUGAUUCAAAUAGGAAAUGGGGCAUGUGUGGCAGAGCUGAAGGUUGAGAAGGAACAUACAAAUCCAUUGGGUGGAUUACAUGGAGGUAUGAUUGCCUCGAUGGUUGAUGCAUUAACAUCGUAUGGGUUACUCACUCAUAAAGCAGCGGAAGGUGUUCCUAGCGUUUCUGUAGAUAUACAUGUUUCAUUUCUGAAAGGAGCGAAAUGUGGUGAUGAAAUUCUGAUUAAUACAGAGACCAUUAAAUGUGGAAAAUCAAUGGCAUUCACAGAAUGUCGUAUUACAAAUAAAGCAACUGGAGAAAUUAUAGCAAAAGGAAACCAUACCAAAUACUUAUUAACUUAAACCACUUCACAUUGCAAUGUUGGAAAUGUGAAAAGAAGAUAGACACUGACAAAAUAUUCAGGGCUAGUUUUUUAUUUUUCAGUUAAACUUACCUGGCAGAUAAUCUCCUAUGUAAAUGCAUUUAUUUCCAUUGAAAUAACUGAUUUCGGGCAAAUUAAAGUAAUUGUAACAUAAAACAAUAGCCCUUAGUCGGAUUUUGCUCUUAGGGUCCACAAAUUUUAUACCAAACAAAGCAAAUGAAUUUUCAUCUAAGAAUAAGACUCAUAUUUCAGUUAAAAUUACCUAAUAAUGUAAUUGUAAUCAAUGUCUUCAUUAAGAAACCAACACUCAAAGUCUAAAGAAAAGCGUGUGAAAAUUAAAAUAUAGAAUAAUCAAUGUCAUAAACUGCUCGGGUAUUAAAUAAAUUGUUAUUGU